AUGGCCUUCCAAGCACCCACUGGAGCGACUGCACGGCGCAUUCUUCAUACUCCCCUGCAAGAUUCAACUUUGAUAAGCACCGCUCGUCCGCAGUUGGAAGAGUCACAGGAAUGGGUUCUCUUCUCCCCAUCACAAAUCGGAUCCAGUACAGAGAGAUCCAGUCGCACGGCUGGUUUGUCCCGGACGAGCGGUCUCGCAUCUCUCCAACUUGCUGGUCGGUCACAAUUAGAAUCCGAAGCACUCGACGAGGACCUUACCGAAGAUGGUGAGCUAGACACACUCGAUGAGGGCUUGCAUGCUUUCCAAGAGCCACUAUACCCAUCACACACGCAACACUCUCAAGGCGCUGUCCUACCCACGCACGAUGGUUUGGGUGGGUUCUCUGCCUCCAGCCCACCUGUGCUGGAGCAGCUCUGGCAGCAUGAGCACUAUAACCCGAAGCGAAAGCACCAAGGCCAUCAUCGCCGGCCAUCAAGCGUACAACGUCGAUUUGACACUGUAGAAGAACUCGAAGCACAAGCCAACGAAGAGAAGAGGGUCCGGAUAGAGAAGUGGCGAUUAGAUCAGUCCCAGGCGAUGCUGGAGGAGGUGGAAAGAGAGACUCGCCGGCAGGUACGACGACAAUCUGUACAACAGGGUGUCUCCGUCUCAGAUACGCAAGACCUGCUAGGUUCAACACCGAAGCAGUCCGAUUAUCUACGUCCAUCUCAACGAGCGGAGGCCGAGUGCGAAAACGAGCCAUUCUGGCGACGGUUGACUCGUAAAUUCAUUCGCGACAUCAUUGGUAUCGAUGAACCUCUUUUAUCCGUCAUUCUUGGAGAGUCACUGCCUGAAGAAGCUCUGGAGCCCAAGCCUGCACCUUUACCUACGAUACCAGAAUCAACUUCAGCAGAGCUGGGAUCAUCUCUCGAUGAUGCAUGGCGCGAUCGCCUCCUCCAUCGUAUAGCCCGCGAGCUAGGCGUUUGUGUGCACGCAAUCUCUCCUCAUCCUGGUGCUUUCACCAGCUACACAGACACCUCUGCCCUCCCAGCUUCUUCGCAAACCCACGAUUAUGCUGGCCUCCCAGUUACCGCCGUUCCCAUUCCCGAGACACGACAGUCUGCCAACCCGCCGUCGUCCCAAGCAUUGUUUUCGUCCGCUCUUACGCCCAACUUUCCGCCUACUCUCCACUCUCCUCGUCACGCCGCUUCCUGGGGCUUUGAUGACACCGCGCCGGGAACUUCGCUCCAGCAGGGUCCCACUGCGUCAACAUCUUCCUCUCACCUCUCUUCCGAUACUUUGGACCUUCAGCGCGAGCGCGAGUACUGGGAACGAGAGCUGGACGUCCGCAUGGUAUUCCGCUUUCUGAAAGAACGCAUCACCGGAUCUUCUCCCACAGCGCCCCCGCAGCAGCACCAGCAUAACAAGAACAGUGGUGGAGCCAGCGGCUAUGGCACCAGUCCGGAGGAGAUCGGUAAGCGCACAGCUAUCAUUCGGCAGCACCAUCCGCUCGUUGCGCGCGCCCACGUACGACCGGCGGCAUCGGCAACGACUCCUCGGUCACCGAUCAGAUCGAGACGCGAGAGCCAAGUCUCUUUGACGCGGCUAGGAGCACAAGCAGGGGUGGCAGCAAGGAGACCAGGGAGUAGCUGUGCAAGUGAAAGCAUGCAAAGUGGCCGAAGUCUGAGCAGGCGCAGGAGCGCCAGUGGGGCAGGUAGCGCGAACUACUGGGACUUGGGCGGCAGCGUUGGCAGCGGGAGUGUGCUGGCGAGCGGAGGUUUGUGGGGAGAGGCGUGA